UUUUUUUUUUUUUUGAAAAAAAAAACCAAGUAAAUAACACAAUGUUCCGUGCCAGCAACAGUCUUACCAAGGCCGUCCCAGCCUGGAGAAAUGCCAGCCUUUUAUCUUCCACCAAAAGUUACAGCACACCUGCCGUUACCCCUGCCGUAGAAAAGAAACAAGAGCAAAAGCCCAGCCUUUCUGCACGUCUUGGUGGUUCAGGUCGUGGUAAAGCCAUUGCUGAAGGCCAAUCUGCCGAUCCUUUCGCUUCCUUUUUAGCAAACGCAAAGAAACCUCGUACAAACAACAAUAAUAAUGGCGAGCGUCGUAACGGUAACUUUACACCCCGUCCCAGAAAGCAACAACAAGACAAUGGACAAUUUGCUGAUGCUGGUAGUGCUGAAGGAGCCAACACCAAGCCCCGCCAACCUCGUCAACCUCGUCAACCUAGAGCUGAAGGUGAACAAAACAAUAAGCCUAGAUAUCAAAGAAACGCCGAAGGUGGUGAAAAGACACAGGCUGGAGACAACCAACGUCCUCCUCGUACCAACAACAACAACAACAAAAACAACAAUAGAUCUAAUGGUGAUGCACCCCGUAAGAACAACAAUAAUAGAAAGAUGAAUUUGAACAAAUCACAACCUCAAGAAGUUCGUACUCGUCGUGCUGUUACAUUUAUUGAUAAAGACAUUGAUUGGGCAUCAUUCGGUACCAAUGCUAUGCCUGCUCAAGAAACAGUUACUGAGCAAGUGAAAGAGGAUGAUGCAUUAUUAUUGAAGGAAGUGCAAGGUGAUUAUGACAGAUAUCUUGGUGUUGGAUCUGACAUUUCUUGGCCACAAAUUAUCAAUGGUGCCAACGUUGGUACAUUAGUUGGUAGUAACCCUACUUUUGAUCUUGCUCAAAAGACUGCAUUCUUAUCUGCUUUAACAAAUGCUACCAGUGGUGCCGUUUCUGCUAGAAAGUAAAAUGUGAUUGUAUAGUUAAAAAUAAAAAAA